AUGGCAGUCCUACCUGGCAUGAAAACCAUCCACGUGUCCCGCUGCCGACAGUGUGACACCGAGUCUACGUGGCUUCUGCAGUGGUGCCGCGGAGCGAGGUGUGACAGAGCUGCUGUAGGUCUUUUAACGUCUUUUAGAAAGGGCGCGGCAGCCAGGGCGGCUCUUGUCGUCAGCAGUUCGAGCGCAGAAUGGGAGAUGGUCUAUAUGGUCUCGUGCGUCGCAAUGCCGACAGUGGCUGCUCUUGCUGUCAUGCUGGCUCGGUGGAAGGGCAAGAAGCCUGCCCCGUCUGUCCCCUUGUCAGGCAAAGCCCCCUCUCCUGAGGUUCAAGAAAGUUCAACAAGCAAUCUGAAGUCCUGCAGUGAUGACAGCAUAGCAUCCCCCCAGCAUUGCAGAAAGCGGAGGGGAAAGUCACAGAGAAAAGAGAGCAAUGAAAAGAUUAUUAGGCGGGUCACCAGUUGCCCCGACUUUGCGGUUGUUCGGGUGCUGAAAACGAGCGCCAAGAGCGGGCGGCAGGCGUCGUACAGCAACCUCAAAGAUCGGCGCCUGCAAGACGAGAUUGCGAAACUGGCUGAUAAGCUAUUGCACCAGGCAGAGCGGCGGUGUGAAUGGGGGCAGGACUGUGGGUGCGAAUGGGGGCAGGGCUGCCAAAAGUGGGGCUGUGACUGUGGAGAGAGUUGUCAGCAAAUAAGCGCUUUUGGUGGGGCGAGCGCAGAGUGGUUCUCAGAUGCGGCGAUGUCAGACCGGGGUCGAAAGGCGUGCGCGUCGCUCGAUGCGCUGUGGGCCAGGCGCGCGGUGACAAACCGGGCGAAACAGGUGGAGAACUUUGUGACGAAAGGGAUCCCCUCAGAGGCGGAGGGGCCCUCUGGGAAUAACCGCGCUGUGGCAAAGCAGGGAACGGGAAUGCAGGGUGAUGCGACGGUCGGGGUUGGUAGGAAAAAUGAGCAGAAAGUAGGGGGGGCGCUGAUGGGGCGAUUAGACUACUACGACCAGCUGCGGCUGGCCUUGUUUGAGAAAACAGAUGCAGCGCGAGUGAGCGUCCGUCGCUCGCUUCUGUCGGGGGCGCUGGCGAGGCCUGGAGACUGCAAUGUGGUGAAAUACUGGGGAAACCAGGAUCGCGCCGGCGGCGUUGCGGAAGCGGGGCUGAGGGGAGAAAGCGACAUGUUGUGGAGUGUCAGCACGGAUGCAAUCGUAGAAAGCUGGGAUUUGAGGGCGGCGCACACACCGGUGCUGCGCCACGUAAUGCAGCUAGGGGAAGGGAAGUGGGGCGUGAAAGGUUUGGAAGUGACUGGCUCGCAGCUGCUUGUCAAGUUGGCCGCUGAACAGGAGAUUAGCUUAGACGGAAGAAGACUGACGGGAGCAGUGACAUGUUGACAGGACGGCGUUAGGACAAGUAGGCGCGGGCCAAUUGCCCAUUUUGGUGUGGGCCACUGAGGCAGUUGUUCGACCGUAGAUGUAUACUGAAAGUCGGGAGUGAACGAGACAAGUUGAGUUGCCUUAGAAGUUCAUUUGUAGAGUAGACUCGGAUCACACCCUUCGACGACGGGCAGUUCUUUACAGGUUAGGAAGUGCAUCGUGUUCAUUCUGUAACAUAGUCCAUCUUUUGGGUUUUGUGGUCUGGUAAAUUUGCAACGUAAGUGUACAAGCGGUGCUUUGCUAGCUGAACAUCAAGUCGUCAAUUCUGACAGUGCUAGCGGUCCCCACGGACAUGUAUUUUGCUCCUCAAAAUACUGGUCAGGCAGGCCAACCAUUUGUACCUUUGCUUCGAACCAGGUUCGACAUUCAUUACAUGCUUGCCGCCAAGUGCAAAUGGAAC